AUACAUUCUUACAAAUGAAUGAAUGACAAAUAUAAGACGCAUAAUUAAUUGAUUAGACGCAUAAAGAAAUGCGAAUUACACCAUUAACUAAAUAUUUACUGCACCGGUCUUCGACUCAACCAAUCUUGACAACCCUUUGACAGCAGCUGGUCAAAUCGUUCGCUCCGACUCCAGCCAAUCGGAAGAGUCCAUACGUGGGUCACGUGAAAUCCUGACAAAUCCGAGCGUCGUUAUCCUGCCAAGAUGCAUGUCCCAUGGACGCAAUUUGAGGGAACCGUAUAGUCCAUCACUUUGGCAAAGGAGUAACUCAACGCGAAUAACCGGCCUGAACAUCGCAUACACAUUUCUUUUGUGCGUUUUUUGGGCAUCCGUCUGCUCGGACUAAUGCGGCGUUUCAUCUGCUUCACAUCCGAAAGGAGAGGUUUCACCUGCCAGCUUUGAGUCGUCUGUGUGACCCGUGCACACAAAGCCCGCGAUAGCUCCGCUGUCAGGACUACUGUGUGUGUGUGUGUGUGUGUGUGUGUGUUUGUGUGAGUGUGUGUGUUAGAGAGUGUGUUUGAUAGUGUGUGUUUGUGUUUACCUUUGUGGUUGUGCGUAUGUGUGCGUGUGCGCGCGUGUGUUAGCGCGUGUGUGUGUGCGCGUGUGUGUGUUGUCAGCAGUAGCGAAGCAGCAGCGACCAUCAAUUUCUGCGCAACAUUAGGAUAAAGCGCACUGUCGUAUUUUGUGUGUGAAAUCUUGCCAUUGGCACACAUUGAACAAUGGGACUUUCGGGCUACUGCGUGUUGUUUUUAUUUUUCACUUUCGCAGUGGCUCUAGAUGUUCACCUAGAGCGCCGAAACUUACGGCAUCAUGUUUUUGUGAGAAACUCUGACAUGGAUAAAGGAUUCCGGGUUUCAAAAAGGUCUCUUCCUGCAUGGCUUGCACCGACCAACCAGCACACGAUAAACAGACGGAGCGCCGACCAAGGAGACACCUGUGAAGCGCUACAAGGAUAUGAAACCAAGUUGGCUGCCAACACCCACAGUCACAUCUUCAACGACCUGAGCGGAUCUGUUUCACUGGCCUGGGUUGGAGAUGGCACAGGGGUCAUUCUAGCGCUGACCACCUUUCAAUUACCGUUUCUCAUGAUCAAAUUUGGGCAGUCAAAACUCUAUCGGAGUAAUGACUACGGGAAAACUUUCCUGGAUGUGACAGAACUAAUUAACAACACGUUCAUCCGAACAGAGUUUGGAAUUGCCAUUGGCCCUGAGAACUCGGGGAAAGUCAUCAUGACUGGAGAUGUGUCCGGAGAACAGGGAUAUCGUAUCUUUGCCUCUGACGACUUCGGGAACAGUUUCACCCAGCAUGACCUCCCCUUCAUCCCCGUGAUGCAGAUAACCUACAACCCUCGCGAUGCCAACGUACUGCUGGUUACCAGCAACCAUAAUCAGUUGUGGUUGUCCAAAGACUUUGGCGUGAACUGGGUGAAGAUCCAUGACAUGGUGUGCAUGGUGAAAUGGGGGCCGGAAAACACCAUCUUCUUCACCAGCCACCCCAACGGGUCUUGCAUGGACCGAGGGAUGUUGGAUCUGAAGAGGACGACCGACUAUGGAAAGACCAUCAAGACCGUGGCAAACAACAUUUUCUCCUUUGGACUCGGUGGACGCUUUCUAUUUGCGUCUGUAAUGACUGGCAAGGGCACCUUGAGGAUGAUUCACGUUUCGGUGGACCAGGGAGAGCUGUGGAACAUGGCCCAGCUGCCCCCUGUGGGCCACGAAGAGUUCUACUCCAUCUUGGCUGCCAACGAUGACAUGGUGUUCAUGCACGUUGACGAACCAGGGGAUUCAGGAUGUGGCACCAUCUACGUGUCAGACGACCGGGGAAUCGUGUAUUCCAAGUCCCUGGAGCGCCACCUCUACACCACCAUAGGGGGCGACACCGACUUCACCAACGUCACCUCCCUCCGGGGGGUCUUCAUCACCAGCACCCUGGCUGAAGAUAGCUCAGUGCAGUCUGUGGUGUCCUUUGACCGGGGGGGUGAGUGGGUGCCCCUAAUGAAACCAACCAACAGCAGGUGUGAUGCUACGGCCAAGGACCCAGAAAAGUGUAGCCUACACAUCCACGCAGCCUACAGUACCUCCAAGCAACUCGGCGUCCCCAUGCUGCCUCUGUCUGAGCCCAAUGCUGUGGGUCUCAUCAUAGCGCACGGCAGCGUUGGUGACUCCAUCUCCGUGAUGAACCCUGACGUGUACAUUUCCGAUGACGGGGGCUACAGUUGGUUCAAGGCCCUCAAUGGGCCCCACCACUACUCCAUCCUGGACUCUGGCGGCCUGAUUGUGGCCGUGGAACACAGCCCCACCAAGCCCGUCAACCAGAUCAAGUUUUCUACGGACGAAGGUCAGUGCUGGGGCGUGUACAACUUCACCAACGAGCCAAUCAUGUUCACCGGCCUGGCGUCGGAGCCCGGGGCCCGCUCCAUGAACGUCAGCCUGUGGGGCUACAGUGACUCGCUCUUCAGCCAGUACUGGGUCUCCUUCACCAUCGACUUCAGAGAGCUGCUCACCAGAGAUUGUGGCGAUAACGACUACGUGCCGUGGUUGGCGCACUCGGAUGACAUCAGCGAUCGUGACGACGGCUGCAUGCUGGGCUACAAGGAGAAGUUCCUGCGUUUAAGAAAGGACUCUGUGUGCUUGAACGGACGUCAAUUCAAGGUCAACCCCGAGCCAACGCCUUGCUUGUGCACCCUGGAUGACUUCCUCUGCGACUUUGGUUACUUCCGGAAGGAGAAUAGCUCUGAGUGUCUUGAGCAGCCCGACCUCAAAGGUCAGGACCUGGAGUUCUGUCUGCACGGCAAGGAGGAGAAGCUGAUGACCAGCGGCUAUAGAAGGAUCCCUGGGGAUAAAUGUGAGGGGGGGGAAACCCCCGCUCGCGAGGAGAUAGACCUGCGCACGCGGUGUGUCAGUGACAUGGUCGGGCCUGAACUACAGUCAGAUGUGCUCAAGUCCUCCAGUUCGGCGGCCAUCAUCGUCACGGUGACCAUCGUCAUGUUGCUGAGCAUCGCGGCCGGUGCGCUCUUCAUCAAGAAGUAUGUCUGUGGUGGAAGGUUCCUGGUCCACCGCUACUCUGUGCUUCAGCAGCAUGCGGAGGCCAACGGCCUCAACGGGGAUGAGCCGCUGGAGACUGACCACACCCCCAACGGCAAGAUCGAGUUCCACAACGACUCUGAUGAGGACCUGCUGGAGUAGCAGACCAUGCCUGGAGAGCAGCAGACUUGGGAGUGUGCAGUGGCCUGUUCAUCUCUCCAGCCCAGCUACGGUUUCCUUUCAUCUUUAAUGUGACCUUUUGGCCUCUACCGAAAGCCUAAAGAGUUGGUGUUACUUUGCUGUGAAGCAUGAGGUAAACACAGAAUGAACCGGGGUUCCCUGGGGUUGGUGCCUCGGUGAAGGGCGAUUUGGCAGAAGAGAGGGUAGCGUUGGAAGUGUCACACUGUUGCUAUUGAUUCCUACUGAUUUGAUAAUUGAUUAAGCUUAUUAGUGGCGAGGCUUUGUUUUGUUGUUUUGCUUGAGAAUGGCUGGACAAUACAGUGAAUUAAUGGCUGCUGUGAACAAGAGCCAGAGCAAUAGCGUUGUACUUUCCGAGCGGCAAAGCUACCAGGCGUUGUUGUUUCACCGGAGAAUGAUUCUAAUACUACUGACUUCUGUUGAAGGUGGUGUGAUGUGUAACUAUCCCUUUUCUCUUCAUGCACUUGUAUAUAAACCUUAUUUUUCAUCUUUUUCACGUUCCAGGAACACCUGAAAUUCAUUUUGCUAAAUGCUUUUUACGGUUACUGGUUAUUAUUGUGGCUUAGGUACCAUUUCUUCCCGCCGCUAAAGCCUCGAUUUUACUUGUGCUUUUGUUUUCCUCACAGUGAUCAUUGCAGGCAAAAACUAAGUCCCUUUAGUUGGAUAGCAAUAACAUGUUUAAAUAUAUAUAUCAUCCACAUUCACGGACAUUAUUCAUAACUGAUCUAACUGAUGUUUGAAUUCAGUGUGGAUCAGUGUGUAAACUAGUAUGUAAGUGUAAUACCGCCUAAAGCACAAACUCCUUUGAACACAUUUGUAGUUCCAUAUUCCUUAAAAUAGUCGUACAAAUGUAACUGUAAAUAUUAGUAAUGUAACAUAAUUUGUUACACAAAAAUGUAUCUUAUCACCGCCUAAGCAGUUCUUUGCAAAUCAGCCAAAUCCUGUUCUACACAUGACACACAAAAAAACUACAAUAAAACAUUGUAUGGCGGAAACUUAGAAUAAGUAAUAAGCACAUUUAAUAUCUUCCGCUAUUUUUACAUCAUGUUACUGUGAAAGUAAAUGAAGCAAUUGAUUUAGACAAAUAGAACUAAUGAAAUAAUGAAUAAUAUAUGAAUAACCAUUAGUAUAAGCUGACACAACACAUGAGCUGAAUUUAUUCUGUGAAAAUAUAGGACUAAUCAAAAAUUCUAAGUGGACCUGUAUUUAUGAACGACGACCGGGUUCAGAAUGCAGUUGUGUGCCACAUAUUUCAUAGCAAGUGCUUGGUGCAGUAUAUGACUAGAUCAACUGGAUCAGACUGGCUCAUGAAUACAACCAGUUACAUCUAAACUUAAAUAGUAGUUGACGUAUUUAGGUAGAAAACGUAUCUAAACAAAAUAGACGCUCAUUGAAGUCCAUUGCAUGUUUAUUGACAAGAAGGAAUGUUUGUCUUUAUAGGAUUAAUCAAGAAGCAACCCGAACAUGUGUUACCAUGAGACGAUAAUUGUGUCGGUACCAAACUGACAUUGUUUUAUAGUCUGAAUGUUUGAAGGGCCGACUUUAAAAAGCAGGGAAAUGUGUAAUGUUUUGGCAAUAAAAUGAAUAAAGGUACAUACAAUACUGUAUUUGUAUUUAAGUAAACUGAAUAAAGCUGUAGUGACAUCUACUGUAUAAAAUAAUACAUCAUUGUGAUGGUUACUGUAAAUAUACUCUGCACAACGAUACAUCUUUGUACCUGUUUGUUUCUCUCUUCUUAAAUGUAUAUUUGAUGCAACUUGCUUUGGGAUGAACAAUAAAUGACCAUGGUACUUCUGA